GGGAAGCCCAGCCAGAGUCCGUGUCCGUGCGAACCAACGCGAGGAAGAAGAAACCGAGAGAGAGAGAGCUCUCGAGGAGAGGAGGGAAGCGAGCAGGAAGCGGGGGCUAUCGGAGCGGCGAGGAUGAGGGGCGGCGGCGGCGGAGGGAUGAUGGACGACGACGACCGGGUCACGCACGCGCAGAUCCCGACUAGCUUCGGCCCCGAGCUGCGGGCCUGCCUCCGAUGCCGACUCGUCAAGACCUACGACCAGUUCAGGCAGAACGGUUGCGAGAACUGCCCAUUCCUGGAGAUGGACAAGGAGCACGACAACGUCGUCAACUGCACCACCCCGAACUUCACUGGAAUAAUCUCUCUGAUGGACCCCAGUAGGAGUUGGGCUGCUCGUUGGUUGAGAAUUGGUAGGUUCAUUCCAGGGUGCUACACACUGGCAGUCUCGGAGGAACUUCCGGAAGAGUACCAGGGGAUUUGCCAGGACAACAACGUGCAGUAUGUGCCGCCCAAGCGUGUCUAAGGGGCUCAGUGUGUUCACGGCAACCAAUCCUGAAGCAGUAUGAUAAUGUAGCAUAGCUUGUACUGGUUGUUGCCAAGGGGACUACUCGCCUCGCUCGUCAUAUCAGAGAUUGCAGCUAAUCUGGAACUGAUGUAACGCUUGUGUACUCAAGGAGGCUAUUUAGUAGGCGGUGCUGGUUGAGCCUACGCAAUUGUUAUGUUGCCUCUUUAGCUGCUUCAACGUGUGAUCAUGCCGUGCCUAUCUGUCGGAGCAAGUAGUAGUUCUGUGUACAAGCUUCUGCAUCUGUACUACGCUGCAGUGCCGUACGUUCAAGGCCUUGUGCAUUGACGCAUUCUUGCCUCCUCAUACUCGUGAUUUUUUU